AACUCUUGGCCUCGAAACUCGAAAGUCUACCCUUUAAAAUUUAUUUAUCCAAGAAAUGGUGGUGGAAGAUGUGGUGAUGGUAGGUGUAGGGAUAGUCGGGCUGGCCACGGCGGUGGCCUUGAAGAGAGCAGGAAUCCAGGCCUUGGUUUUCGAAAGAUCUAAGGAGCUUCGAGCCGUCGGUGCAGCUUUAACCCUCUACCCCAACGGCUGGCUUGCCCUUGAUGCUCUUGGUGUUUUCCACAAGUUCACUUUCAGUGAAUCUCCUUCUAAGAGGGCAAUAAUAACCGAUCUUGGAAAUGGAGCUGAGAAAGAAAUCAAGUUCACUGCAGCCAACAGGUUGCUGCCAUUGAAACACAAACACAAGAAGGUUCCUCCACUGCCAUCCUUCAUCUGGAUGAUGGUACCAUUAUCAAAACUAAGGUUUUGAUAGGGUGUGAUGGGGUGCAUUCAAUGGUGGCACAUGUAAGAACAGCAUGCAUGAAUGAAGAGUGGUGGAAAUAGAGAAGAAAGCAUAAAAGGAUGGAUUCAAAAACCGUUUUUCAUACAAAGCAUGGAAAUGAAAUUAUACCUACUCCUUUGCUUUGGAUUGAUGAAGAUUAGCUUCAAAAGGAUGAAACCUCCACACUUUAACACCACCUUGAGAGAUUAGAGAGUGGU